AUGAGCAGGCAUAUCUGUUGGAUUUGUAAGCUAUGCAGAGCUGAAUCUAAGAGGCUCCCUUCAAACCUUACUUUGGAGGAAGUUUUAGGAUGGGCCCAAUCUUUGGAAAGUCUGAUGGCUACAAAAUAUGGUCCUAUAGUGUACACAGCAUAUUUAAAAUUGGAGCACAGUGAUGAAAACAUUAAAUUCUGGAUGGCAUGUGAAACCUACAAGAAAAUAGCCUCGCGGAGGGGCAGAAUUUCUAGGGCAAAGAAGCUUUACAAUAUCUACAUCCAGCCCCAGUCCCCUAGAGAGAUUAAUAUCGACAGUGUAACAAGAGAUGCUAUCAUCAAAAGCAUUCAAGAACCCACCCAAACAUGCUUUGAAGAGGCUCAAAAGAUUGUGUAUAUGCAUAUGGAAAUGGAUUCCUAUCCCAGAUUUUUAAAGUCUGAAAUGUACCAAAAACUUCUAAAAACUGUCCAGUCCAAAAGCUCUUGAUUGCCACCCAAAAGUUUAAACUGAAGAGAGUAUGUUGCAAGUGUCAACUUAAAUUUAGAAAAAUAUACAAAACGAGAAUGAAAGUAGAAAUGAAACAGAAACCAAGCCAUAA